UAUUUUGUAACCUGAUUUUGUUUGCAGCACAGAAUUUGUGCGCCAGCUAGGCAUCACAAUCACCAAAGCCUAAGGAAUGAGUGUUUCUUCUCUCCGAACAUGCCCAAUGGGUAUGCAAAGCCCUCGGCUUGUUUCAGCUGCGGGGAGGAGGACGGUGGUGGUGGUCCGCGCGGCAGGUACACCCAACGCAGUGGCACAGGUUAAAAAGGUAUGUAAGCAUUACAUUUCCAUCCUUAUUGCAGCUUGAACUAACAUUAGGGAACCGUAGGACCCAUUCGCAGAGAAGACCACCUACAAUGACAACUGGUUGGACAAGCUUUUCAUUAAACUCUACUCCAAGAAAAUGGCGGAUCAGCUGGAAGGCGUCGCGGUGCCGGAGAAGCCGACAUAUGAUGAUUUCGUACGAAUUUCCAGUGAAAUCAUGAAGGGUCGCAACAGCGUGCAGCAGCGCGUGGUGGUGCGGGAUGUGCUCAUGUCUCUGCUGCCCCCAGAGGCGCCGCCUGCGUUCAGGAAGCUGUUCCCACCCACGCAGUUUUCAGCAGAGUUCAACGCGCUGAUUGCAUCGUUGGGCUUCUACUGGCUGGUCGGCGAGAGCGAGGUCAAGGAAGAUGAUGUCGUGGUUGGUCCCAACGGUGAGAAGAGGAGGCAACGAUCCGUUGUGCAGAUCAAGAAGUGUCGCUAUCUGGAGAGCAGCGGCUGCGUGGGAAUGUGCGUCAACAUGUGUAAGAUCCCGACACAGACCUUUUUCACGGAUGAGUUUGGCCUGCCGCUGACCAUGAAUCCCAACUUCGAGGACCUGUCCUGCUCCAUGAUCUUCGGCCAGGCGCCUCCACCCAUGACUGAGGACCCCGCCUAUACGCAGCCCUGCUUCGCGGUGCAGUGUAGCAUCGCGGCGGGCCGUACGGACGGCAGCACGCCGCCGCCGUGCCCCAAGGUGGACACGGAGCGGGGCAAGUCUGUCCCACAAAACGUUUAA